AAGGUGGCCCUGGUAGGGGAGGGGUUGAUACCGAGAUUGGGCACCGGGGGAAGAAUGUCUCGUUUCAACUUUGUCUGUGGCUUGCACCCCCGGAGAAGGCCACACGCCGGUUGUAGGGUGCAGAUGUGCUGAGAGUGAUUUCUAAGUAGUUGAGUUGUUGAGAUGAAGGUACGACUGCUAAUGGUAGGCAGGUUUUGUUUUCAUUGGUGAAUCUGGUGUCAUCAUAUUCGGGGCAUAUGUUGAAAUAUUCUUUGUUUAGGUCUUGAAGUAGAGGACCUCACUCUGCACGUCCACAUUUUGUUGUUUUUAAAUGAUGUCUGCAAGUGUGGCUUUCUAGAAUUUCAAAUGUGAGUUAAGGUCCGGGCGUGUGUGGGCCUCAGCAUUGGCCUUGACAGUGAACUUUGUGGCAGUGUUUUGGAUUUCAGAGAUUUGCCCCAUAGCUGGGGUGCGAGCUGUGCAUUUUUUGUUAAUAGUAGGUGUCAGGAAUGUAGAUGCUGAAGCUGGGGACAUUAAAGAGAGAACAUUCCUGUAUUAAUAAUUGAUAGCUGAAUAUUAGAAUCAGAUUAAUUUGGGUUGAUGAAAGUUUUUUUUUUUUUUUUUCCCCAAAAGCAGCUCUGCACUCUAGGAAGGAAGCCUUUACAUAGGCACACUUUAUAGGGGUUCUUUAGGGCAGGGAGCUAGAAUAUCUCCUUUUAGAGAGGAUACUCAUCAACAUCUCUGGCUUCACUCAGGGCCUGGUAAGGGGACUGAAAUUGGGGCUAAGACAUCUAAGUGUACUUUUCAGUGCUUAUGUUGUUUGUUUACAUCUGGUGUUUAUCACAUUUGGGCACUAGAAAUAAAUAGGUAAGUUUUUCUUUUGGUUUUUGAAGAGUAGCCCCUUCCCCCCCCCUUUUUUUUAAGUUUCACGAUUUACUUGGUUUCACAGCAUUAUAGGAAACUGUUACUACAUUUUUACUGGAAGUACUAUUAUCAUUUUGAUUUUGCUUUGAAGGGUCCAUCGUUUUUCCCAUUCAGUCAUCUGGAAGGAGCUGCCUCAGAAAUACUCUUCUUCUGUUUGCAUGAAGAACUCUAAAUGCUAUCCAGCAGGAGGUGCUACAUCAAGAUAAAGCAAAUCUCUUGAAUUUUGAGGGUCUUACUACUUAUUACAGCUCUGUUAGCUUCAACUAAGCAACAGGAUUAACGCCUUAAAGUUCCAGAAAGAUUUUGAGGAGCAAGAGAGCUGAAGGAGAGCCCGUUUCCCCAAAAUUGGACUUCUCAGAACCUUUAAUAUGCUAAUGUGCAUUGUGAAUCUCCAAGAGGGGGAUAUGAUAUGCAGCAUUCUUGAAUACUUCUAAUGACAGGGAGCCCACUACCUCAUAAGCUGCAGUGAGAAGAGGAGUUUGUUAUUUUAAACGGAAGCUGAAGAAACUGUAGAAUUAGCAGACAUAAGAGAAAGUGGAAAGGUGGAGGAUGGAGUUGCAGACUCUACAGGAGGCUCUUAAAGUGGAAAUUCAGGUUCACCAGAAACUGGUUGCUCAAAUGAAGCAGGAUCCACAGAUAUUUUUUCUUUCCAAUCAGAAUGCUGAUUUAAAGAAACAGCUUCAUGAACUCCAAGCCAAAAUCACAGCUUUGAGUGAGAAACAGAAAAGGGUAGUUGAACAGCUACGGAAGAACCUGAUAGUAAAGCAGGAACAACCGGACAAGUUCCAAAUACAGCCGUUGCCACAGUCUGAAAACAAACUGCAAACAGCACAGCAGCAGCCACUCCAGCAGCUACAGCAGCAGCACCACCACGCCCAGUCGGCGGCCCCCUCUCCCAGCCUGACCGCUUCACAGAAGACUGUAACUACAGCUUCUAUGAUUACCACAAAGACACUACCUCUCGUCUUGAAAGCAGCAACUGCGACCAUGCCUGCCUCUGUUGUGGGCCAGAGACCUACCAUUGCUAUGGUGACCGCCAUCAACAGUCAGAAGGCUGUGCUCAGCACUGAUGUGCAGAACACACCAGUCAACCUCCAGACGUCUAGUAAGGUCACUGGGCCUGGGGCAGAGGCUGUCCAAAUUGUGGCAAAAAACACAGUCACUCUGCAGGUUCAGGCAACACCUCCUCAGCCCAUCAAAGUACCACAGUUUAUCCCCCCUCCUCGACUCACUCCACGUCCAAACUUCCUUCCGCAGGUUCGACCCAAGCCUGUGGCCCAGAAUAACAUUCCUAUUGCCCCAGCACCUCCUCCCAUGCUUGCAGCUCCUCAACUUAUCCAGAGGCCCGUCAUGCUGACCAAGUUCACCCCCACGACCCUCCCUACCUCCCAGAAUUCCAUCCACCCCGUCCGUGUCGUCAAUGGGCAGACUGCAACCAUAGCCAAAACGUUCCCCAUGGCCCAGCUCACCAGCAUUGUGAUAGCUACUCCAGGGACCAGACUCGCUGGACCUCAGACUGUACAGCUUAGCAAGCCAAGCCUUGAAAAACAGACAAUUAAAUCCCACACAGAAACAGAUGAGAAACAAACAGAGAGCCGUACCAUCACUCCACCUGCUGCACCCAAACCAAAACGGGAGGAGAACCCUCAGAAACUUGCCUUCAUGGUGUCUCUAGGAUUGGUAACACAUGACCAUCUAGAAGAAAUCCAAAGCAAGAGGCAAGAGCGAAAAAGAAGAACAACUGCAAAUCCAGUAUACAGCGGAGCAGUCUUUGAGCCAGAGCGUAAGAAGAGUGCAGUCACAUACCUGAACAGUACAAUGCAUCCUGGGACCCGGAAGAGAGGUCGUCCUCCAAAAUACAAUGCAGUGCUGGGGUUUGGAGCCCUUACCCCAACAUCCCCCCCAUCCAGUCAUCCUGACUCCCCUGAAAAUGAAAAGACAGAGACCACAUUCACUUUCCCUGCACCUGUUCAGCCUGUGUCCCUGCCCAGCCCCACCUCCACAGACGGUGAUAUCCACGAGGAUUUUUGCAGCGUUUGCAGAAAAAGCGGCCAGUUGCUUAUGUGUGACACGUGUUCCCGUGUGUAUCAUCUGGACUGCUUAGACCCUCCUCUGAAAACGAUUCCCAAGGGCAUGUGGAUCUGUCCCAGAUGUCAGGACCAGAUGCUGAAGAAGGAAGAAGCAAUUCCAUGGCCUGGAACUUUAGCAAUUGUUCAUUCCUAUAUCGCCUACAAAGCAGCAAAGGAAGAAGAGAAACAGAAAUUACUUAAAUGGAGUUCAGAUUUAAAACAAGAACGAGAACAACUAGAGCAGAAGGUGAAACAGCUCAGCAAUUCUAUAAGUAAAUGCAUGGAAAUGAAGAAUACCAUCUUGGCCCGGCAGAAGGAGAUGCACAGCUCCCUGGAGAAGGUAAAACAGCUGAUCCGCCUCAUCCACGGCAUCGACCUCUCCAAACCUGUAGACUCUGAGGCCACUGUGGGGGCCAUCUCCAACGGCCCGGACUGUACCCCCCCUGCCAACGCUGCCACCUCCACGCCGGCCCCCUCCCCCUCCCCCCAGAGCUGCACAGCGAACUGUACCCAGGGGGGCGAGACUAAAUAACAGAGCCCCGCCAGGAGAAGCCGCAGGCUCCCGGCGGCCAGGAGAGCAAAAACACUGAAGACUCUAGAAAAGCAAAGCCGGAUUUCUUCUGGAAAGUACAGAAUUCUUUUGGUUCUUUGGUUCCAGAGAGAGAGAAGAUGCUAGUGCCGGGUGGCACCGGAGUUUGCCAAUUGAUCCUUCUUAUUCUGUGUGUACAUGCAAAGAUUGGACCAUGUUACAUGAAAUAGUGCCAGCUGGAGGUUCUUUGCCAGCACCAUGCCAAGUGAAAUAAUAUAUUUACUCUCUCUAUUAUACACCAGUGUGUGCCUGCAGCAGCCUCCACAGCCACCAUGGGUUUGUUUGCGUUUUGUUGGGUGGGGAGCAGGGACGGGCGGAGGGAGGAGAGCAGGUUUCAGAUCCUUAUUUGCCGAGCCGUUUGUUUAGGUAGAGAAGACAAGUCCAAAGAGUGUGUGGGCUUUCCUGUUUCUAAACUUUCACUACUAUAAAACCAAAAAAAAGGAAAUCGAGAUUUAACCAACCCCAGUGCCCAGAGGAGGGAUGGGAGGGGCUGGGAGGGAGCCAGGGUGGGAAAAGUCUAUCAAAUAAGCAGUAUUUCCUCUUGUCCGGGGUGGGGCACAAUGCACGGGGAAGUGGACACCGAGGACAGCCACGGGGUCCUUCUCCCGCACACUCCGCCUCACUCCCCGGACGCCCCCACCACUCCCCGCGUUCCUUCCCCGCUUUGGCAAAUUGGCGCGCAUCCCCGUGGAUGAUCCGGUUACCUUCCCUCUCCAAGAACAGGCAAGAGGCCUGCUUGGCGGGCCAUUGCCCGGGGCAGGGAAGAAGGGUGUGUGUGUCCAGGAAGGAAAACAAGGUGGAUCAGUGAUUUUUACUUGAAAACAAGCUCCAUCCCUUUUCUAUAUUUAUAAGAAGAGAAGAUUCUGAGCGAAGCAGCACGCGACCCAGGUGUGUGUGAAUUGAAUGGAGAUGUUUCUUUUCUCUUUUUUUAAAUUUUUGUUUUGUUUUGUUUUCUUUAAGAAAAAAGUUUUAUUUUGUUGUUUAUUUUACUUUUUUGGUAACAAAAACUAAAAUAAGGAAUAGAAAAGCUGUUUUUCAGGCUGACAGUCAAUUAAGGGUAGUCGAGGCCAUGCAUGGUAGAAUAGGAAUCAUAGUGUCAGUGAGGUCCAGUGAGUCCGUGUGAGUCCUUGUGUCAUCGUUCGGGGCACUGUUUUUUAUGCAAGGGCAAAAAUCUUUGUAUCUGGGGAAAACAACAACAACAACUUUUUUUUAAAUUAAAAAGGAAAAUAAAAGAUAUUGAGGUCUUCCUAGUGUUACUUAAAUUAAGAUCAAGGUAAGAAACAUUGUAAAAAAAAAAAUUACAAAAGUGCUAUUUGUUUCCUAAAAACAGUGAUUUCUAUUAAAAAGGUGUCAGAACUGGAGAAAAUGCUGUGUAGUUAUAAUUUUUUAGCACAGAACCUGCUGAUCAUGAUGACAUUUUGCUGUGUUUGUGUCUCAAGACUGGUGGGCUAGUCUCCAUGAUUUCUGUCCUCUGGACGACUGCAGCCCUGACGGGCAGCGGCCAAGCCCUCCCACCACUCUCCCCUCCUCGGAAAGGACUGUCCUCUCUUCUUGGCGCAGGGAUCUGGGCUUCUGUUUUGGAAGCCCACGUGGAGUGUGGAUGGUAUCAGGGCCCUGCCCUACCCAUUGUCUCCUCGGAUUUUGCUAGAGCAAAAGGCUGGUGCCUAAAUAAGAUCCUUUCCUUUGGUGCUGCUCUCCGUCUUUCAGCCACCAGCAUUGUGAGUGCCUGGGGGACAACUUUGAAGGACACGGCCAGUGACACUCAUUGGUGCCCAGGCACCCUGGCCUUGGUGGGAGGGUGCAGGGGGCAGGCUGGCUGCAUCAGCCCUUGGUGCUGAGAAAGAACAAAGGAGUGAGAGGUCUUGAGGGUACAUGGUGUCUCUGAGACAAAGAGCCCCAGGGUGGCCUUUGUGUCUGUCUUGCCUUUGAAGAGGUCUGACUCUCCAGCCGCUUUCUCUGCCUGCUGGCUCCAGGUACUGGCGAUAGAGUUUACUGCCCUUUGCCCAUCCACAAGCUUCCUGGGUGACCUUUGGCUAGAAUCGCUGUGCUUGCCUUGGCUUGGCCUGUCUCCUCCUUGAGAAAACCAGGGUUCUGAAAGACUCGGACCAUUUCUGUCAUCUUGCCUCGUGGGAAGUAAAUUUUGUCAGGUGUGUGCCCUCAUCGGAGAUCUUGGCCCAUCACGUGCCUGGCCCACAGGAGGGAGGCAGGCGCUUGUCGCCGCAGCUCUUCUGGGACAGCUCUCCCAAGCCCGCCCCAUACUCCAUAAUGGCCAGAGUCUAGGAGGGGCAGAAAAGGUUCCAUUAGUUUCUCCCUCACCCAGUUAGGCCCAGAGAUCCCAGUUAGAACCCUGAAAGCAAAUUCAAGAGAAAGGGAGACUUCUUAGGUCAAAUAUGCCUCAUCUCUACUGGCCAUUUCCUCUUCCCAGGAACGUUAGGGGAUUAGGAGUUGUUCUACAGGCCUCAGAGUCAGGCCCUGGCUUCGAGGUUGCCUGAGAGGGACAGAGGAGCUCCCUUUUCUCCUGCAGAAACCAAGGUGCUACGUCUAGUCAGGGAGCUUUGGAGAUGCCUGGACUAGUUGGAGGAAUAGUUGGCGGAGGUUAAGAGCCCAGCAGCGGGCUGUACGCCCAGUCUUAAGCUCUCCCAUUUGACUUGUCUGGGCCCAGAGACUGGGAGUUGCCACAUGAUACCUGUCUUUUCUUGAAAGGAGUUAGGAAACGAUCAUCAUCACUAGAGGCCUUUGCUCAAAAAGGAGCUGCCUGCGAAUUCCCGGGGUGUCGGGGGGAGAUGGGGCGUGCGUACAGCUAGGCACUGACCAGCAUUUUGCCUGCUGCUGUGAGUACUCACACUCUGGCCUUGCCUGGGGUUGGGAUGUGGAGUCUUCCUAAGUGCAGGUAUGAGCUGUUCUGUGAGUCAGCUAGUGUGGAGUACAAAUGCAACCCUGCCCCCAAACCCUCACAUUCUGGACUCAAAUCCCAAAACUCUACUUACUGCCAAGAAAAGGCCCUGGUCACCCUGUCUCCUUUUCCUCUACUGUCCUGCCAAGAGAAGACCCUCUCUCUGUGCCCUAGACCUGCGGGUGCUUGUGACCACCUGAGACGCGCAUUCAUGCCUGCCUCACCUGGGCUGUCCCCACCUCCCUCUCCUUCCCUCUGCUGCUCUUUGGCCAUGCCCGGGUUUAGCUGCUCACGGGCCCAUCUCAGACCAGCUGGCUUCGCAGUCACUUCACGUGCCAGGGAGUGGCUGGUCUGGGGCCCUUGAUCAGGCCCGUGACGCAGGCACUGCACCCUGGAGCUGCUGAGCUCAUGUUGCUGUCAUCUUCCCGCCUCACGUUCUUGCCAAUGCCGCCCGCAGGUCCUUUUUCUCUCCUGGAGCCUGCUGGGUCUUGUCUCACCUCUGUGCUGCGCUCAUCCAGAGGUCUGCUUUCUCCCUUCUUUAUCAGGCCCUUUGGGGCGACCGGGCUCGGGGCAGCCCCCGGGUGGGCCCUUCCCUGGGUGGCGCUGCCCUGCGGCCACCUCCAGCCAGCAUGCAUCUAAGUGCCCGGUUUCCCUGCGGGGCCUGCCUGUCCCGGCUUCUUCCUGGCUCAGGCUCAACAGGCAGUGCGAACGGGCACAACGGCCGCCCCAUGCCUCUCCCCGCAAGUGAGGGUGACUGUUUCCCGCUCACUAAGUCUGCAUGUACGGUUGCUCCUCCAGCCAUCUCCGAUUCUUCCUCUUGGGGCCAGCAGAGCCUCUGGGCUCUCAUCCCAAGUCACACGAUGCUCUCUAAGCGGUUUCCUCCCUUCGCUCCCUUUUAGGGUGUGGUCUUUCUGAUUUAUUCAAAGGGCUUAAUUUAGGAGACUUUUACCCCAGGGGUAAAAGGCUCUUCUGGGGUAGUAAGAUGGAUGGUGGCUCAGGUAUUCUUCAGGCCCUGGGUUCUCCAGAUUCCAUGGCUUCUGUUGGAUAGGGGAACUUCGCUCUGUGUAAAUGACUGUGGGCCUCACCCCCACCCCUCAGCUGGGCACCCCUGGCAGGAAACAGGAGACCCAUUCUCACCCUGACUUAUAGCCGUCCUCGGUGUCCGCUCCUCUCCAAGGGAGGGGGUGGCCCCCGGGAAGAUUUCCCUGGCCCUCCGGCAUUAGUGAAGGGGAGGACGCUGGGGGUCGCCCCCUCCAGAGAGCCAGGGUGGAACUCUAAAGCCCUUGUAGAGGAAGGGCAGGGCUCACAAAUUCCACUUUGCUCCCCGCCUCUCCCCACGAGGCCCUUCCUCCCUGAGGACUCUGCCAUCCCCCACAGCAGCCUUUGGCCCCUGUACCUCUGUGUCGUUGGGUCCUCAGCCCAGGGUAAGCUGCAGUCAGGCGGGACAGGACGGGCAGCCAGAGGUCAGCAAGCUCCGAGCAGAAAAGAGCCAGCCAGCCCCCAAUCCUGUCUCUUUGUCCACGCCCUUUGUGAUUUCAGUCUUGGUAGAACUUGUAUUUGGAGUUUUGUGCUUCAAAGUUUUUGUUUCUGUUUGUUUCAUUUUUGUUUUGAGGGGGCGGGGGGGAUCCAGAGCAGCUGAUCAAUUUGUAUUUAUUUAUUUUAACAUUUUACUAAAUAAAGCCAAAUAAAGUCU